CUCAAUUUCAACAUUUACCCCCAAAAAUUCACAUCAUAAACCCUAACCAGUAACCAUUUCAUUCCACAAAUCAGAAACACCCCUAAGAAAGAGAGAGAGAUAAUACAAUUAUACAACAAUUGAAGAUGAAAGUGAAAGCAGUGAAGCUAAGAGAAGCUCACAAAAGCAGCAACAAUGGCAAACCUUCAUUUUGUUCAGUUUUAUGGGACAACAAAUCUACCCAUAUUGUUACAUCUUCCUCUUCAGAUUCUUCUAUUUCCAUCUAUGAACCUCUCCUCCUUUCCACGCCUUUGAGGAAUCUCCGUCAUCAUCGAGACGGCGUUACCGCCAUCUCUCUCAGCCCCAACUCCACCUGCCUUGCUUCCGGAUCUAUUGACCGUACUGUCAAACUAUACAAAUUCCCAAGUGGGGAGUUUCAGAACAAUAUUACCAGAUUCACGUUGCCUAUUCGCACCCUUGCUUUUAACAAAUCAGGAAGCUUGUUGGCAGCUGCUGGUGAUGAUGAGGGCAUAAAGCUCAUCAAUACUGUUGAUGCUACAAUCGCAAGAAUUCUUAAAGGGCAUAAAGGACCCAUCACUAGCUUGGCUUUUGACCCUAAUAAUGAAUACCUGGCUUCUCUUGAUACAAAGGGAACAGUGAUAAUUUGGGAACUUCAAUCUGGAAAUAUGUUACAUACUCUCAAAGGAGUGGCUCCUGAUACAAGUUCAGACAUGUCCAUCAUGAAUGCACUUAGCUGGAGUCCUGAUGGUGAAUAUUUAUCUGUUCCAGGCCUGAAAAAUGAUGUGGUAAUGUAUGACAGAGAUACUGCUGAAAAGCAAUUGUCGUUGAGAGGUGAUCAUGUCAAACCUAUUUGCUCCUUAUCAUGGUCACCCAAUGGAAAGUAUUUGGCUACAUCCAGUUUAGAUAACCAAGUGCUGAUCUGGGAUAUCCAAAAGAGGCAAGACAUUGACCGACAAAAGUUUGAUGAAAGGAUAUGUCAUAUGGCAUGGCAACCAACUGGUAAUGCAUUAGCUGUUAUAGAUGUCAUGGGGAAAUAUGGUGUAUGGGAGUCGGUAAUUCCUUCAUCAAUGAAGUCUCCUACGGAAGAUGUUCCUAACUUACACUCAAAGAGCAGCAACGGACUUCUCUUGUUUGAAGAGGAUGAGCAAGAGCCAAGUACCUCUGCUAGUUUAAGUGAUCUGGGUGAGGACAUCUUCGGAGAAACAGUGUCUCAUACCAGCAGCAAAAGAUUGCGAAAAUCAUCUCUCUUGGAAAAAGAUAUGGAAGAAGACAUUGACGAGGAGUUGAAUAUGUCUCCACGGUUUGAAUCACAUAAAAGGCCUUCUAAGGUUCACAAAGAACGUUUGGAAGGUGGAGAUGGGAAGCCAAAAUGCAUGAUUGUUCAAAAUAGUUCAAAGUUACAAGAGCCUUUUCAGCCUGGUUCAACUCCUGUGCAGCCAGGAACAAAAGGCUUUCUGUGCUACAACAUGCUCGGAAGCAUAACCACCAUGCAGCAUGAUGGAUACUCACAUAUAGAGAUUGAUUUUCAUGACACAAGUCAAGGCCCAAGAGUUCCAGCAAUGACUGAUUAUUUUGGCUUUUCAAUGGCUUCGCUAAAUGAGAAUGGUAGUGUUCUUGCCAAUCCAAGGAAGGGUGAGAAGAAUAUGAGCACUCUCAUGUAUCGUCCAUUUAGCAGCUGGGCAAAUAAUAGUGAGUGGUCUAUGCGGUUUGAACACGAAGAAGUAAAAGCUGUUGCACUUGGUACUGGAUGGGUGGCUGCAGCAACUAGUGCUCAAUUUCUCCGCAUUUUCACUGAGGGUGGCUUGCAGAGACACAUUAUCUCCCUUGAUGGACCAGUUGUGACUGCAGCUGGCUUUAAGGAUGAACUUGCUGUUGUUAUUCAUUCUUCACAACCUCUUCCUUCUAAUGAUCAGAUGUUAGAGUUCAGAGUAUUCAAUAUUAGCAGUGGAACCCAACCCCUUAAAGGACGCCUGCCAUUGUCACCUGGUUCAUGCCUAACCUGGUUUGGAUUCAGUGAAGAAGGCCAACUGGCUUCUUAUGAUUCAAAGGGCGUGCUCAGAGUGUACUCAGAUCAGUUUGGUGGGAGCUGGCUUCCUCUGUUCAGUGCCAGCAAAGUAAAGAAGCCAGAUGAAAACUACUGGAUGGUUGGUUUAAGUGCUGAGAAGUUGUUUUGUAUUGUAUGCAAGUCUCCUGAUCUGUACCCCAAGGUUUCAUCCAAACCAGUUCUCUCGCUACUUGACCUUUCAUUUCCUCUUGCAUCUUCUGAUCUUGGAUCAGAGACUCUUGAAAAAGAAUUCAUUUUCAGGAACACGCGUCUGUUGCAGAUUCAGAAAACAAUUGAUGAAACAGAAGCCGCUGGUAUGGAUUGCACUCUACUCGACGAUGAGGCUUUCAAUAUGGAAGCAGCACUUGAUAGGUGCAUAUUGAGGCUUAUUGCAUCUUGCUGCAAUGGUGAUAAGCUGGUACGAGCUACAGAACUUGUAAAACUUUUAACCAUGGAAAAAUCAGUUAGGGGAGCCAUAAAGCUAGUCACCACUCUGAAACUUCCAAACUUAGCAGAAAGGUUCAACGACAUCUUAGAGGAGCGGAUGCUCAAUGAUACAACCAAGAAUGUGGCGCAUUGUCACCCUAACCCCCGUGCUGAUACAUCUACUCGAACAAACACCAUGGACAAGUCGUUCAUCUCUCCUAACACCAUGGACAAGUCGUUCAUCUCUCCUAACACCUCUACUGAAAAGUCCAUUAGCAGAAACAACACCUUGAGUAAUAAUUUGAGUUCAAACUUAACGAAUGAGCCAUCGGAACCCAUCACUCCUUCACCCACACCGAAAUUUACAGCUCCUCUCUUCCCUAAGAAAGCAAAGAUCCAGGAAGGAAGCAGUUUUAGAAUGGCGAAAACUGAGCAGAACAUAUCAGGUGGUUUGACUAAUGUACAGAAAGCUACUGACAUCACAAAAGAUGCUGUUAAUGAUAGUGUAGGGAGGCAAGAUAUUGCUGCUGAUCUAACAAAGAAAGUAAGAUUUCCUGGUGCUUCUAAUCCAUUUGCUAAAUCAGGAAUUGACUCGGAUGUACGUCCAAAAAACCCAUUUGCAAAGUUAGCAAAUGCUCAAGAGAAAUCCUCGCUGCUUGAUUCCAUCAAGAAGAUGAAGACAGUCAGCUAGAAUGUAGAAGAGUUUAGAGAUUGUAUAAUGUAUAUAAUUUAAUUCUUCAAAUUACGUAGUUUCUGAGGUUUUCUUUUUAGCGUGUUAAGUAAUAUAAUGAUCUUGCAAAUUUCACAUU